AGCACGCGGGAUGCGAUGGCCUCCGAUAACGAUAAGGACGUAUUUGUCACUAGUAUUAUUUUAGCCGCUAUGAAUAACGUAUCCGUCGUCGUGGGAGCGGCCAGCAAUCUAGGCUUCCAUGUAUUGAAAAAACUGACCAGGGUCUACAAAGGAAAAGUAUAUUUCACAACAGAAGAUGAAUCAGCCGGCUACCACAUUUAUGAAAACUUGAAAAAGACCGGCGCGAACAUUGAAUAUUUCCGAAUGGACGUAACAUACACGAAGAGUAUUAUAAAUUUUCGACAUCACAUACAAGACUCGGACGAGAGAAUCGAUCUGUUGAUAAAUAACACAGAUUAUGUUUCUACGGAGAAGAAUCUAUCGCACGCGGAAAAGGUUAGAAGAACGAUGAGCGUCAAUUUCUAUGGUUAUAUAAAUUUUGGAAAACUCGUUUAUCCCCUUUUAACAGAAAAUGCAAGAGUCGUUAAUGUUUCUGGACCGGCUGGACUUUUAGCCACUAUCGAAAAUGAAGCGAUAAGGAAAAAAGUGAGUAAUCCGAAGCUCACAGAGGAUGAAUUAGUUGCAGUCAUACAGGAAUACGAAGAAGCAGUUCGGAAGGGUGUGGAGAAAACUGAAGGUUGGGGAAUGAAUUCCCAUGCUAUCAGCAAAGUCGCGUUAAGCGCUGUCACUUUCCUGCAACACCGAGAAUGGUCAAGUAGAGGCGUGGUCAUAAACUGUGUGAAUCCAGGAAACAUUACGAGUCGUGAAGAUAGAAAAUCGACAAAAGCAUACGAGGAAGGGGCCAAAGCUAUCCUGUAUCUUGCAUUAGAAGCACCACUGACAUUAAAAGGAAACUUUGUGUGGAGUAACUACAGUGUGAUUGAGUGGAACAGUGAUCCGUAUGUCGAAGUGACAACCGUAUAGACAAUUGUAACACCAGUGCCAUUAAGAAAGGAACACAAAAAAAAACGACCGCAAUUUGGGUUUCACGUGCGCACUACGGUCACAUUUCUUUUCGCUUUACACUACUUUAAACUAUUUUCACUGCAGCCGUGCAGUGUCUCGGUGCAUUUCGUUGUGGUUAUCGGUCGCUUCUGCUUUAUCGCACCGAUGUGUUAGGUUUCUUAAAUAUCUACUCUAUUUAUUUUGUGAAGUCGUUUUAGUAAUAAAUUUAUGUGAAUAUUAUGUUA